AUGCUCGUCUUUCAUCUUUCUAUAAUCUUCGCUUUCUCUGCAGCAGCCGCUCCUCCGCCAAAGCAUCAUGGGCAAAUCGAGCACACUGGCACACAACAUCCGCCAGCGCCUCACAAGCCGACCCCUCCUGGUUUGCGCAACCCGAAUGCCUAUCAGGAAGACGAGCCUCAUCAUACGCUCCAGUACUAUUAUACGCAAAAUCACCCGCACUUCCAUCCACAGCUCUUCCACCCGCAAUUCCAUCCACAGUCCGACCCGCAAGAUGUGUUUCAAUACGAUGUCCAUGGACAUGUAGGCGGUGCUCAUCACUACCAAGCGCCAGGAGCUUCUGGCUUGCAGAUAAGCCAGAAUUACGAAUUGCUUCGCCAGCUGCAUCAAGUGUAUGCUCAGGAUCCAUCCGGCGCUCAUGGUCACCCAGCUGGCUUCGAUGGUUCGAUGAGCGAGCAGGCCUACUCGCAAGUUGACCCUCAGCUUCACCCUCUUCAUUGGCUCGGAAACGAGGGAAUAGAUCCGCACCUUUUUGCGUCUUUUUCGUUGGAUCCCGACUUGCGUCACAAACAUCUUAACGCUCAGGAAGACGGUUAUGAGACGAUGCAAAACGAGCACAAUGAGAGGAGCCAGAGGGAAGAGGGCAAGGAAAGCGAAGCGGGAGAUGGCAGGGGGAGAAAGGGCAAGGAAAAGAAAGCGGGAGAAGGCAGAGGAAGAGGGAAGGGAAAGGGCAAGAAACAGAGUCCUGAUCAAAGCCAAACCUCGUCAUUUACGUCAUCUAGAGAGUCGCACGACGAACCUGCCCCGGCGGACUGUUAUCCCAUGGAUCCAAUGGAAUGCACUUCCGAGCCACACCAAGUACCCAUGGACAUCGACACUAUGAUCGAGAAACGUUUCGAAUUUCUGCGAAAGUCCGACGCCUAUCAGCGCGGACAGCUCGGUCUUCCUGACCGAUCGAGGCAUGCCACUCUUUCACUUGAGUUCGAGCAAAAGCGCAAAAAUGCUAGGCUGCUGGUCCAGUAUGCCCGUGAUCUGUUAAAGAGCCCUGAUAAGCAGCGGACAAGGGUGAAACAACUGUGCCAGAAGGUGACAACUGCAUCGGACGAGGCCAAGGGAAGCCCCAAACCAGAAUCGGUCCGGCGUUGGCUAGAUCGAAAGAAGAGAGCGACGAGAGACUGA